AUGAGUUGUUUGCAGGAUUAUCCUUACACGUCCGUGUUAUAUUCUGAGCUGAAUGGAGAGAGCGGCACAAUAGUUAUAACUGUGAUAGCAUGCAUUCUUUCUUUAUUCACUCUUCUGAUUUUCCUGGAAGAAGUCUGGUUCUUUUACAAGCAUCAUGACGAUAAAAAAACCCGACCCAAGAUCCUUUGCCUGUUGGCUGUUUAUCCGAUCAUCUCUUGCAAUUCACUGUUAAGCAUUAUGGUACCAAAGGCAACGCCCAUUGCAGAAUUCCUUAGUGCAUUAUUCCUGGCCUUUUGUAUCCUGCAGUUUAUUAAUCUUGUUGUUGAUUAUUUUGGCGGUACCAAAGCCAUGCUCCAUGCUUUCGAGGAAGAUACAGUAUCCUUUAGGACACCUCCGUGUUGCUGUUGCUGCUUUUGUCUAACCCAUGUUAAACUUACACGCAAAACGUUGAAGAUUAUCAAGAUCAUGGUAAUGCAGCUAUCUUUCAUACGUCCAGGUUUCUUGUAUGUGUUGAGUAUUCUACACAGUGAUGGCCGGUAUCACCUGGACCAAAGUUCGGAUCCAACAGAAACCUUUUUGUGGCUGAAAAUUCUCACCGUGAUUUCUACAAUAUUCGCCAUAUACGGACUUCUUGUGACUGUCUUCGCAGCACGACGGAAGCUAACUACCCCAAGGUUCAUGUUGAAAGCCGGCGCUCUCAAAAUCACACUUAUCGUGUUUGACAUUCAGCUGUCCGUCCUUUUCCUCCUUGCUAACUUUGAUCGGAUUUCGUGUGAGGGUAGCCGGGGUUCAUUUGUAAGGGCAUCUAGUAUUCACAACUUCAUGCUUGUCAUAGAGACAUUCCUGCUGGCGAUAAUAGCCCGAUUUGCAUACCGUUUUAAGGAACAACAGAACACCACACCUGACAACAAAGAACUGAAAGGGAAAAGUAAUUUCAUAGACGAGCCGGACACUCUUGAGAGCAAUGCCUAUUCAUGUGGAAAAAAUUGA